UGCCUAUUCCGUCAUCCCAUACACCCCAUACACCCCGACAACAUGCGCUUCCAUGGACUCAAGAGUGGUACACCUAAUAGCAGGAUAAAUGCUGUGAAGGGUGUUGUUUUUGAUAUGGAUGGUACUUUGUGCCUUCCACAGACGUACAUGUUCAAGGAGUAAGAGUUAUGUACCCAUUAUGGACGAACACUGUUCACUCACGACUGGAAAGAAUGCGACAAGCCUUGAAAAUUGCCCCUGCCAUCGACAUCUUGGACCACAUCCACAGUCUUCCACAACCAGAGCAAUCAGAAGCUGAGGAAGCAAUUCGCUCAAUCGAACGAAGAGCGAUGCAGGAAAUGAAAGCUCAACCAGGUCUCCGCGAAUUAUUCGCCUUUCUCGAGCACCAAGGCAUACCCAAGGCUAUAUGCACACGUAAUUUUCCCGUACCAACGAACCACCUUAUCAGCACUUUCCUAGGGGGACUGGAUGUCUCGCCGGUGGUAACGAGAGAGUUUCGACCGCCGAAACCACAUCCGGCGCCUAUAUUGCACAUCGCGGAACACUGGAAUGUGGAUCCACAAGCAGUGAUUAUGGUCGGUGAUUCGGCUGACGAUUUAGAAGCCGGCAAGAGAGCUGGCGCUGCGACUGUGCUCCUGUUGAGUGACGUGAAUGGGCAUCUGAAGGAUACGGCAGAUGUGGUCAUUGCUUCCCUUACUGAGCUGAUACAGGUUUUGGAAAACGGGUUUUAGGCCCUCAUAUAGUUGCGGAUCUAUGGUAUAUGCAAACCCAUCAAUGCGUAAUGGCA